CUCAAUCUCUCUCUAAAAUGUCCAAUUAACCAAUUUUUCAUCUGAAUUAUAAAUUAUUUAAAAUUUCAUAGGUCAGAUAUUUACUGGACGCAAUUGUUGAGAUUAAAUACAUUGUUUAUUCAAUGAAUCUUUAGAAUUUUUUUUUUAAAGAAAGAUCAGAGAUAGUAUUAUUUAUUGAGUUUAUCAAAUCACACAUAGGCAUAGCACAUGAAAUGGAGCAUGAUGUUGGGGUUAACAAAUUGCAGCAGCUUCAUCUUGGUGCAUCCAAUUCUGUAACAUCUGAACAAAUGUCCCCUCUCUUAACCAAUCAAAGAGAGGCUUCUCAAGAUGUACAACAUGAAAGUAAUAAAGAAUUGCCAAAGUUAUUGGAUUAUGCUUCAUAUCUUAUUCAUUUAGCUGUUUUUGGUAUUCUUGGGGUAUUAACAAGAUAUACAUUGGACAAGUUGUUUGGCCCUAGUGUUGGUCAUGUGACUAGUGACCGAACGAUUCUUUAUCUCGACCUUCCUUCUAAUAUGGUUGGUUCUUUUCUGAUGGGUUGGUUCGGUGUUGUAUUCAAACAAGACAUAUCAAACGUGUCCGAGUAUCUGGCUGUUGCACUCACAACCGGUUACUUAGGGAGUCUAACGACAUUCAGCGGCUGGAAUCAGAAAAUGCUCGAACUAAGUGUCACCGGAAAUUGGCUCUUUGUUGUUCUUGGCUAUCUAAUAGGUCUUUUUCUUGUUGCGUUUUCAAUCAUAUUCGGGAUAGAAACAGCUAAGGGCUUCAAGUGGCUUCUCAGAAAACCAAACAUGAGUUCAAGAACUGAAACUAGUAGAGACGAAAUCAAAGUAAAGGCGGAAAGUUUCAAGAAUCAGUUGGUGGUUAUGUUGGUGUUACUGCUGGUUUUAGGCUUGUUAUGGUGUGUUAGUGGUGUGUUGAUGAUUUCUGAGUUCAAGAAUGGUGAAACUUCUUUUCUGUGGAUUGCUUGCAUAGUUGGGCCACUUGGUGUGUGGAUUAGGUGGCUUUUAGCACCAUUGAAUAGACAUGGAUUAGGAUCAACAGGUUUGUUGAAUUGGAUUCCAUUUGGAACUCUGAUUGCAAAUGUCUCUGCUGCUUGUAUCAUGGCCGCACUCGCUACAACAAAGAUAUAUGUGAACUCUAGAGAUUGUGAUACUAUCAUAAAAGGCAUACAAUUUGGUCUGUUAGGUUGUUUGAGUACUGUCUCUACCUUUGUUGCUGAGUUCCAUGAAAUGAGAGAAAGCAUACACCCUUGGAGAGCAUAUGUUUAUACUAUAAUCACAAUAUGUUCCUCAUUCUUUUUAGGAAUCUUAAUAUUCUGUAUACCUAUUUGGCGAAUAGAUAACGGUUUGCGCAAUUUCGAGAACUAGAAUAAUCUAUUUACUCGAAGAAUUGUGUAAUUUCGAGAACUGAAUUAUAGCGGAAUUUGAACAAACGUCUAUUGUUUUGCAAUCCAAAACAAAGUAAACUCGCAAUGUACAUUUUUUAUUU